GGGGUUGACACUUGAGAAUAGGGAUGGAGACAGGAGCGUCUGGAUCUUUCCCUUCUCUUCCUUCUUAUCGUUUUACGCCCACUCUUUUUCCAGAAUUCCAUAUGGUAUAGUUUGCAGAGCUUCCUAUUUACAUUGAGAAGAGUGAUGUGGAGUUGAAGACGAUGGAUCCACCAUUCACCAUAGGAGAGUAUACGGUGAGGUCCAAAGUGGGACAAGGGCCCCAAUCAACAGUUUGGAAGGCUGAGCAGAAAUGUAGCGGUGAAGUAGUGGCUUUGAAGCAGGUCUAUCUCUCCAAACUCAACCGUAACCUCAAGACCUCCCUGGACUGUGAGAUCAACUUCUUGUCUUCUGUUAGCCACCCCAACAUCAUUCGCCUUCUUCAUGUCUUCCAGGCUGAAGGUUGCAUAUUCCUGGUCCUGGAAUUCUGCUCUGGGGGAGAUCUAGAGUCUUACAUUCGGCACCAUGGGAGAGUUCAAGAAUGGGUUGCCAGAAGAUUCAUGCAGCAGCUUGGAGCGGGUUUAGAAGUGCUACACUCCCACCACAUCAUUCACCGAGACUUGAAACCUGGGAACAUUUUACUGUCGGGUCCUGAGAGUGAUGUGCUGCUAAAGAUAGCUGAUUUUGGUCUCUCUCGAACUGUACAUCCAGGUGAACAUGCAGAGACAGUUUGUGGGACUCCAUUAUACAUGGCUCCAGAAGUUCUGCGAUUUAAAAAAUAUGAUGAAAAGGUUGAUAUGUGGAGUCUUGGGGCAAUUCUUUUUGAACUUCUUAAUGGCUACCCGCCUUUUUGUGGGAGGACUAAUGUUCAGCUGCUGCAGAACAUUGAAUCAUGUAAAAUGCUUCCAUUUUCUCAGCUCAUCUCUCCAGGACUGCAUCCAGAUUGUGUUGAUCUGUGUACAAAACUAUUGUCUACAAAUCCAGUGCACCGCCUGUCCUUUGACGAGUUUUGUCGGCAUAGGUUCUUGAGAGGAAAAGGGCAGGGGUGGUAAAAGCAACUCAUGGGUACUCGAAUGUUGCACAACUUCCCUCAAGGUAGAGUUCCUCAUGAAUAAGCUGGACAUUAUCAAAAUCAUCAAAGGCAUAGUCAAUAAACUUGUCAUAAUCAGUGCUUCAGCUGCUAUUUCUGCUCCACUUUUCUCUGCAAAGCUUGUAGGCUUAGAUCACAUCUGAAAGACGUUAUACCUCACCCCCUGCUGCUUUCAAACAUAUUUUUGACCUCAUUCAAGCUGCACUCCUCGAUUUUCUUUCUUGAUUUUGAAUGCAGAAGGUGAUUCUUUAUGUGCAUGUGGUAGGUUAUUGCUUGCAUGACCCAUGAAUCGAUUUCCAUAAUCAUCAUGGGCAUGCUUCAAUUAGAGAGUGAACUAGUUUGGUACUGGGACUUGUGGGUUUUGUUAGCCUUGGUAAAUGCCUGUUCUUGUAAAGUGGGUUUAUGUGUAUGAACUUGUAUCAUUUCACUGCACAGAAAUGUUUUCCUAUUAAUAGCAUGUUUACGAAGUAGAUUUCUGGGA